AAAAUUGUUGAACAAAACACACUGGAAAUUUACUGUAACAAUGUUCAUUUAUUAGGAAAUUUCGUAAUUUUCACUUUUAUAAAUUGGAGCCGCUUGUUUGGUGCUGCCUCUUUUAAGGACGGCGAGAUGAAGUGCCCUGGCACUGGACAAAUUCUAUUGAACUUGACAAAGAGCUCGUUUAGGCUGCGGAGUCGAAAUGCGCUGUCCAAAAAACUGCUAACAGCUAGCUACAGCUCAACCAGCGAAAAUGCGAACUCGAAGCAGCCAAAUCUACUGCCAUAUCAUGUUUUGCCGCUGGAAGAAACGAUGAAACGCUUUAUGACCACUGUUGAACCACUUUUAACAGAACAGGAGCUCAAGGAGCAAAAGAAAAUCACUGCUAAUUUUAUGAAAAAGCAAGGACCUGAAUUGCAAAAGCUCUUGGAAGAAGUUGGUAGUAAGGAGAAGAACUGGUUGGCCCCGCGAUGGCUUAAAGUCGCCUACCUUCAAUUUCGAUCACCAGUCACCGCCUUUGUGAGUCCAGGCAUGACAUUCCCCAGACAAAACUUUAAAAGUGCACACGAUUUUAUCGGCUACACGGCUAGAGUAAUCUUCGGUUUGGGUGAGUUCAAUGACCUGGUGCAUGCCAACAAAAUUCCAAUUGUUAAAAUGGGCAAGAACGAGCUGGACAACAGUCAGUUUGGCAAGGUAUUCGGCACAAGUCGGAUACCAAAACGGAUGACAGACGAAAUGGUCUACAAUCCAUGCUCCGAUUAUGUGGUCGUUAUCUACAAGAAUCAUUUUUACCAAUUGCAAAUAUAUGAUAAGGAGGGAAAACUCAUUGUGGCUCCAUGUCUAGCCGGUCAGUUGGAGGAGAUCAUGAGGAAGGAGACCAAAUUGGGGGUUCCCUAUGGUAUUUUGACCACCGACUCGAGAGACAACUGGGCCGAGGCCUACGAACACCUGGCGGAUAGUCCUCGUAAUCGGGGAGCCCUCGAGACUAUUCAGGGUGCCCUGUUCACUGUCUCACUGGACAAGUGCACCACUCCAAAAGAAGGUCAGGAAGACGAGGAGCUAAUUCUCUCACUGAUCCAUGGAAAGGGCAGCAGAUGCAACAGUGCCAACCGCUGGAUGGACAAAACGAUUCAGUUGGUGGUCAAUCCGAAUGGAAACGUUGGGUUUACCUAUGAGCACUCCCCAGCCGAGGGCCAACCCAUCGCCAUGAUGAUGGACUAUGUGGUGAAGAAGAUGCAGGAGGAUCCUUGCUAUGGGGAGUGCGGAUCGGAGGAUGUUACGCCAGCCAAGAAAAUACAGUUCUGUCCACUCAGUAAAUGUGUGGAGCAGUGGCUGAUUAUUGCCCAGGGAAACAUCGAUAAACUUGUCAGGAAUGUGCAAAUGAAGGUCCUGCGGUUCGACGGCUAUGGCAGGGAUUUCAUUAAGAAACAAAAACUGGGACCGGAUAGCUACAUUCAGAUGGCCUUGCAGCUGGCCUUCUUUAAAAUGCACUCAGUGCCAGCUGCGCAAUACGAGUCGGCUCACUUACGCAUUUUCGAUGGCGGACGAACUGAGACUAUAAGGUCAUGUUCCAAUGAAUCCCUGGAUUUUUGCAUCGCCAUGCAGGAUUUGACAGUCUCAGCAGAGGAGAGGGUCGAAAAAUUGCGGGAGGCUGUAAUUUGCCAUCAGAUGUACGCGAAGCUGGCUCUUCAAGGUCGAGGAGUCGAUCGUCACCUGCUCGGACUGAAGUUGAUGGCUCUGGAGAACUGCCUGCCCAUCCCAGAGUUCUUCGAAUCACCAGGCUAUGUCAAGUCCAGUCACUUUCGCCUGUCAACCUCACAGGUAGCCUCCAAAAAUGAUGCUUUCAUGGGCUAUGGACCGGCCACGGACGAUGGAUAUGCCUGUUGCUACAAUCCACGUGAAUGUGACAUCAUUUUGGCCAUAUCUGCUUGGCGCCAUUGUCAGGUCACAGAUCCCUGGAAGUUUGCCAAGAUGCUCGAAAAGUCCUUUAUGGAAAUGAAGCUUGUUCUUGAGUGCUCAGAGCCGCCAGAGAAACCACCUGAGCCAAAAUGCAAAGUCUGAAUAUUUUUUAUUUAAAUUAAUAAAUUUUGGCAGAGAUUAUUAUUGGAA